UGCUCUUUCUUUUAAUUCAACCAGACACGGGUGCUGGUGACACACGGCAUCCACUGGCUGCCGAUGGUUGACGAGAUCAUCGUGCUGUCCGACAACGGCAUCUCGGAGAAAGGCAGCUACGACACUCUCAUGUCCCACAACGGACCCUUCGCUAACUUCGUCAAACUUCAUCUGCAACAGAGGGAGGACUCGGAGGAAGAUGAAGACCCCGAGAUCUCGAUUCUCAUCAAUAAGAUCCGAGAGAACGUGGAGACGGCGACUUCCGAGGGCACAACUUCCGGCGAAGAUCUGACACGCAAAGACAACUCUAGAAGCAGGAAGUCCACAAGAACAACAUCAAAAUCAUCGAGGAUGACUGAUUCAACGAAAUGUAAAUUCAGCACGUGCCACCUUGAGGAAGAAACUUCAGAGGAGGACAACUAUAGGCUGGUGAAGGAAGAGACAAUUGAGAAAGGAAGCGUGAAGUGGAGCGUGUUUCUGCACCUACGUACGAGCAGCAGGUGCUUUACCCUUCACGGCAUCCAUUUUGUUCUUCCUCCUCUUUCAAGCCGUCAACGCAUCAAAGUAACUUCUGGCUCAGCCGCUGGACAGACGACAACUUCCUCGCCACAUCCCACGGAAACGCCACCUUGCGGCACAACUACAAAGCCAAGAAUGACUAUUACUUGAUGCUGUUUGGAAUGUUUGGCAUCGGGCAGAGUACGUGAUGAGAAAUAAUAAAAAGGAGAAAGUUAUUCAACGAGACAAACACAGCAUGACAACGACAAUUCUUUAUUAACAAAUUUGAUGUCAUUAGGACA